AUGGAAACAAUGAAUGAGUUGAUCCCAUUUGCCAAAGAGAUACUGAGCCAGAAGCCCAACAAGAAGAUGGUGAAAAUGUAUGUGUUGGGCAGCGUGCUGGCCUUUUUUGGCGUAGUGAUUGGAUUGGUGGAGACCGUGUGCAGUCCAUUCACAAGGAGAGAGGACACAGACUUUGAUGAAAUCAAGCAUUCCGCAUCUCUGCCAGCUCCUUCACAGCCACAAAAAAAAGAAGAGGUGCUACUGGAGAAGACCAACCCCCAGGAAGUGAGGGGGAGAAGUGUGGCUCAUAGGGGCCAUGCAUCAUAA